UAAUAGUCUGAGAAACAAACUGUCAAUCGACAAGUAUACAGAAUUCUUAAGGUCAGAAGAGGACAAGACCAGUCCUCAAUCCGACCAAAUUUACAUAUUUGCGCAGUUUUUUAGACGAAUUUGAUUGCUGGGUUUCGAAUAUUCUGCUCUAUCUUCGAUCAGAGGACGCAAAAGAGGAGACUUUUUUUUUGGCUUCGAGUGAGAGAGAUGGACUCGCCGAGGUCAAUAGGCGAGGCGUCGACGGCGAAAUUCGUGCCGGGGGCGCGGCCGUCUACGGCGAAUGAUGCGGAGGCGGCGAUGAGAGGCUGUGGACUGAAGAGCCUGACGUGGGUCGGCGUCGACAGGGAGGAACUGCGGCGGAGGCUGGCGAUGCCGGAGUAUCUCCGCCUCGCAAUGCGAGAGUGCAUCCGCCGGAGAGACGCCGCCGCGAUUCCCGACCACUUGCUCCUCCCCGGCGGCGCCUCCGGCGAUAUGGCGCCAGAGGCUCCGAUGGUCGUCUUCAUCAACCCUAAAAGUGGUGGCCGACACGGCCCUGUUCUUAAGGAGAGGCUUCAGCAGUUGAUGACCGAAGAACAGGUCUUUGACCUCACAGAAGUGAAGCCUCAUGAGUUUGUACACUAUGGAUUGUCAUGCCUGGAUACAUUGGCUGUCAAAGGAGACGACUGUGCCAAAGAAUGCAGAGUAAGGAUUCGAGUUAUGGUUGCAGGUGGUGAUGGUACUGUAGGUUGGGUUCUUGGAUGUAUUGGAGAGCUUCACAAAGAAGGAAAUACACUUUCUCCUCCUCCUCCCAUUGGUAUUAUUCCUCUCGGUACUGGAAAUGACCUCUCGAGGAGUUUUGGCUGGGGUGGUUCCUUCCCUUUUGCCUGGAGAUCUGCUGUUAAAAGAACACUCCAUCGGGCAAGUAUGGGUCCGGUUGCUCACCUUGACAGCUGGAAGGCUGUAGUGUCAAUGCCGUCGGGUGAAGUUGUGGAUUCUCCUUAUUCUCUGAGACCUACAGAUGAAAAUGUUCUUGAUCAGGGGUUGGACAAUGGAGGGGAUGUGCCUCCCAAGGCAAAGUCCUAUGAAGGAGUGUUCUACAACUACUUCAGCAUAGGAAUGGAUGCUCAAGUUGCUUUUGGCUUCCAUCAUCUUCGCAACGAGAAACCCUACCUUGCUCAGGGUCCCAUUUCAAACAAGAUUAUUUAUUCGGGUUACAGUUGCGGUCAAGGCUGGUUUUGCACGCCUUGUGUGAGCGACCCUGGUUUAAGGGGACUUAGAAACAUAUUGAAGAUCCACAUUCAAAAGGUGAACUGCUCUGAAUGGGAAGAGAUCCCUGUUCCCAAAGGUGUCAGAUCGAUUGUUGCCUUGAAUCUUUACAACUAUGGAAGUGGAAGGCAUCCUUGGGGUAAUCUGAAACCCGACUAUCUCGAGAAGGCAUGUUUUUGUUAUGCAGUUUCGACUUUUGUUUCAUUGAAAGGGACAACCUUUUUGUCCAUUUCGUCCGAUUUCCCUCAUGUUGUCUGGAAAGGUUUGGAUUUACAGAGAGGGUUUGUGGAGGCACAUUGUGAUGAUGGUCUGUUGGAAAUUUUCGGUCUAAAGCAAGGAUGGCAUGCUUCAUUUGUCAUGGCUGAACUCAUCUCAGCCAAGCACAUUGCUCAGGCUGCAGCGGUUAGAUUCGAACUAAGAGGAGGUGAAUGGAAAGACGCGUUCUUGCAGAUGGACGGUGAGCCAUGGAAGCAGCCUAUGAACACAGACUACUCCACUUUCGUUGAAAUCAAAAGGGUUCCUUUCCAGUCGCUGAUGAUAAGCGGCGAAUGAUCCCGAGCCUCGAGACUCUAUUCUUUCGAGAAGAUUGAUCAUUGAUCUGAUGUAACAUAAUAAUUUGGAGCGGAAUCCGGAACAGCCAUCAUUUAACUCUGCUCAAAGGCUGCGGCCUUUGUUAUCAUUCUUCACUGUCUUCUUUGUACAUCCUUGAGUUUGUGAAAAGAGAAUUUGUGUAUAGUAAUUGAAGAGAGUGCUAAAGUUCCAAUCUUGUAACCGAAUUUCGGACAUCGUAUCUGUCUCUGUUGUGAAGUAUAUAAGCCUUAUAAGACAACCUUAAUCUGUGUUUAACGGUGAGAUUUUGGUUGUGAA